CGUAUGUACGUACGUUUUAGUAUCUCGUAUUGUGAUUGGUGGUUGUUUUUCUCUUUCAGCCUAUCACUGAGCGUUUCAUUCGGCAGUGAGGCACGUUACGUCCAUUGGACUAAUACUGGAUUGUGGACUCAAGAAAGUGGCAGCAUGGGUGUGUUAUCCACGCUGAUGAGGGGACUCGUCCGAGGCGCUGACAGAAUGUCUGAGUUCACCAGUAAGCGAGGAUCAAACACUCAUUAUAAAGGCAGGGGAUCAAGACCUGCUGGACUGAACCUUUCCAGCGGAAAAUUCAUAGCCAUUCGAGCCAUGAUUCCUGAAUUUGUGGUGCCUUCGUUGGAAGGAUUUAAACUCAAACCGUACGUUUCAUAUCGUUCCCCAAGAGGGACGGAACCUCCAGUCACAGUACAAAGUCUGUUUGAUGAGGCCGUGGCUCCUCAGAUCAAGGCAGACUUUGAAGAGGGCAAAUUCAGCAAAGACCAGCUGGAGAAGUAUGGAUUUGAGCCUACGCAGGAGGGGAAGCUCUUCAAGCUGUAUCCCAAGAACUAUGUGCGUUAAUGAUGGUCCCAGUGUGUGAUGCAUUUACCAAGAAAUGACACUGCUGAGACUGAAAGCUGCAGAUGAGCAGAUAAGAUGUAAAAGACACUGUCAAUUACAAUCUGCUUCUUCAAAGCAAUUCUGUUUUUUGAUAACAAAAUAACUGUUAAUACUGACAAAAUAAAUCGUCAAGUGUAUAAUCCAUA